GAUGGGUCAUCUUGCUGAGCAUAACUACAGGAAAAAGUCCUGUGGGAGGAAGCUGUAUGGACAGGUUACCUGGGAGAGAUGCACAGAAGCAUCCUGUGGGAUUUUAAGGUUCUAAUUAGAGAAGUUUUUCUUCCUUUCUGCUCUUAAUGAUGAGAUUCUGUGGUCAAACACAGUUUUAGCUUGCACUGUGGUUGUGCCUAGUGAAAAAUUAAUGAAAUGUGUUGUUGCCACUCUAGGUGUAAGUGGGAUGGGGCUUGUCGAGAGCAUGUCUUUGUAGUGAAAGUCAAGAGGAAAGCACUGUGCCAGAGAAGAAUGCACAUUUUGAUUUCAGUAUGUGAGAAAUGGCAAAUACCCUCAAAUCCCUAGUGAAAGGAAUCCUGGCACUGCUUUAUUUUUCUCCUGAUUUGUUUUGCUACCUGCCAUGAAAAGGUUGACACCACAGAUGGAAAUCGAGAUAACCGUAAAUCUGAUUGCCCUCCAUGGGCUUUUGGCACACUGUGCAGAACAAGCUUUCAGGUUUUGUUCCAAGUUAAUGGUAUGAAAGUAUACAGUCUGUUUGGCAGUGCUGAGAGAACAUGAAUUAGGAGCUGAUACAAAUCUAAAACCUGCAGUGGUCUGACUUAAAUUACUUCAACCACUUUCAUUUUGUGUUCUGUUGCUGAGGGCAUCUUCUGUUCCAAUACAGCUAGAAAUGGAAUGAGUCACUGAGGCUGACAGGAGAGUGAGAGUAAACAAAUCCUACUGAACUCUGUUUUAAACUCCCUGUUUUUAUACAUGUGCUACUCUGCUACUCCUUCUGGUGUGAAGAGUGUGCUUCAUCCUAGCCACCAGUGAAAAAGUCACAUACUAGCCUUUGGAAUGGUUUAAGUUGCUGUGAAAGUCAGUCUUUAACAUAACAAGUAAAGAAGAGAUUAGAAGGAUGAGGACAUCAGCUAAGACUUCCACAGCUAAAGAUGGUGUUAGACAUAGGUCUUGUAGGUCUUUUGUUUCUAUGAGGGGAGAGAUGCCUCAGGUCAGCAAGGUCUUUUCAAAGCCCUUUCUAAACAAAGAUCAAUCUGCAGCCAUCAGGGUAAUUUAAAUGUUUCUGGGUGGAAUAAGGUGCAGGCAUUCAGGAGAAGCUGUGUCCUGGAGAAAUAUCCUAAUACACCUAUGAGCCAUAAAGAAAUCCUGCAAGUUAUCCAGAAAGAAGGACUUAAAGAAAUCAGUGGGACUUCUCCUCUUGCCUGCCUGAAUGCCAUGUUACACACAAACUCCCGAGGGGAAGAGGGCAUUUUCUAUAAGGUCCCAGGGCGCAUGGGAGUGUACACUUUGAAGAAGGAUGUUCCUGAUGGGUUGAAGGAGCUCUCAGAUGGCUCAGAGGAGAGCAGUGAUGCCCAGUCUGACUCUCAGAGCUCCGAGAACAGCAGCAGCAGCAGUGAUGGGUGCAGUAACAAAGAUGGGAAGAAAAGCAGAUGGAAACGGAAAGUGUCAUCUAGACUGUCACAGACAUCCUCUCCUCAGUCAGGCUGCCAGUCCCCUUCCAUCCAGGCAGGCAAAGUCAUCUCCUCAUCCCAGAAGCACAGCAAGAAGGCACUCAAACAGGCCUUGAAGCAGCAGCAGCAGAAGCAGCAGCAGCAGCAAUGCAGAGCAGGCAUGCCUGUGUCGUCUAACCAGCACGUCCUUCUGAAGGCUGUCAAGGCAGCCAGCGACUCCACACCUGCAAAAUCUGCUUGGGAAGGAAAGCAGUCAGAUGGACAGUCGAGCAGCCCUCAGAACUCCACCUCUAGUUCUUCUCCCUCUGUUAAGCUUGAUAACUCCUUGCCAGGGUUGGGGAAGAAACCAUUCCAGAGAUCUGACAGGCUUCACGCAAGGCAGCUGAAGAGAACAAAGUGUGCUGAAAUUGAUGUGGAAACUCCUGACUCCAUCCUCGUGAACACCAACCUGCGGGCACUGAUCAACAAGCACACGUUCUCCGUCCUGCCUACAGAAUGCCAGCAGCGCCUGCUGCUGCUGCUGCCCGAGGUGGACAGGCAGGUUGGGGCAGACGGUUUGAUGAAGCUCAGUGGCUCUGCACUCAACAAUGAGUUCUUCACUUCAGCUGCCCAAGGCUGGAAGGAGAGGUUGUCAGAAGGUGAGUUUACACCGGAAAUGCAACUAAGAAUACGACAAGAAAUAGAAAAGGAAAAGAAGGUUGAACUGUGGAAGGAACAUUUUUUUGAGAGCUACUAUGGCCAGAGUUCUGGGCUAAGUCCUGAAGAGUCCAAGAGACUGAUAGCAAACACCAGCCCUGCUGAGACAGAGACUGAAAAUCUAGCAGCUGAGCCACCAAAAUGCCCGCCAGCCUCUCUCAUCCCACUUAAAGAGGAGAUGACCUCUCCAUUAGAGUCUAAAGCACAAGCAGUCUGGGAAGCACCAGUGGUGAAAAAAGGAGGGGAGGAAAGAAGGGAGGACGUGCAGGCAAAACCAGCCAAACCUGCAGAGGCUUCAGUCUCCCCUGGUGGGUGUGCAGUGAAACCCAGUGACCAUUCCCUCCCUUUAAAAGAGAGCGUUCAAGGAGAGUCCAUUCAAGAGAAACCACAAAUUGCCAGCAGUCAAAAGGCAGACGAACAGAGAAAGCACCCUGCCUCAAAGGAAGUGCUGGGCAAAGAGACUGUCAGUGCCUCAGGUGUGGCCCCGAGUAAACCAAAGAGCCCCGAAGCAGGUGAAGUAGUAGUAAACAUGAAAAGCCCUGUGAUGACUCCAGGAACACCAGAAAAGAAGCCCCCAGUAAAUGAAGACAUGGAAGUGAGUGUGGAAGCCCCUAAGAGGAAGACAGAGAGUAGGGAAGAAGCUCCAACCACUCCUGAGAAAAAGCCCCGGAUCAUGGAGACCUGUCAGCACCACCAGGCAUUUCGGAGCCAGGCACAGCCCUUUCCUGCUGCGGGGACCCCGGUGCCACGUGUGCCCCCACUCAAGAUUCCCGUUUCCAGAAUCUCCCCAAUGCCAUUUCCUGCGGGCCAGGUCUCUCCCAGGGCACGUUUCCCAAUCUCACUUACCAGUCCAGGAAGAAGGGGAGCCAGAACUUUGGCAGACAUCAAGGCAAAAGCCCAGCAAGCCAAGGCUCAGAGGGCAGCAGCCGCUGCCGCUGCCGCCACCGCUGCUGCUGCUGCUGCCGCCUCGACAGGGGGGGCUGUCCCAGGGCCUGGACCAGGCGGUGGUGGGGACCCACCGGGUGGUGGAGGAGAGAAGAGUAACACAGCAGCAAGUGGAGCCACCCAAACUGGAACUCGAGGAAAUGCACUGGAACUGGCAGGAACUGGAAGCGGGGGAAGUUCGAGAAGGUUUCUUACCCACUGCCCAGGGAGCUGUCCCCACAGGGAGACCCAGGCCCCAGACCAGGCACCCCCUCACCAUCCUUCUAGAGCACAACUACAGCAAACUCCCGCCCUGCAGUCCAGAGCUCCAUCCAGCAAUACAGGCACUGGCUCCUCUUCACCAGCAGCAGCGGCCCUAGAGAAUAUCAACAGAACAAAACCAUGCACCCCCAGUGCGACCAUAAAUCAGGUGUCAGGCUCCCUGUGUGCGGGCAGCAGGGAAAAGCGGGAGAAUGCACCUCCUGCUCCAGCAGGCCCAAGCCAGGGCUGUGGGACAGCAGCGGUCCGGGAUGGAGCAGCCUGCGUCACUAUGGCCGCAGCAGAUGCCAACACAAGUGUAACGAAGGUAGCACCUACGGCCUUAGGAGGGACCAGCUUAGAUGUUUGUAAAAGCAAAUCUCCUUGCCCUCUGGUGUCUUCGCUGACAUCCAUGAGCUCAGAAGCGCAGGCUGGAGGUGUGGUCACAUCCACAACAUCCGUCCCACCCUCUAAUGCAUCAUCAGUGGCACCUAGCCUUAAAACCCAUCCAAGUUCAGGCUCAAGUGGGGCCCUCCCAAAGCCAAGUUCCAGUAUUCCUGCUAACAACCCUUUAGUCACCCAGCUUCUUCAAGGCAAGAACGUCCCUCUGGAGCAAAUCCUGCCGAAGGCUCUCACCAAAGUAGAAAACAAAACUGUCCUGUUAGCUUCCCAUGAAGAAAAAGGGGCAGCUAGUAGUACAGGUGUAGCUGGGAGCAGCGCUGGAGCCGAGGGUGGUGAAAGGCAAUCAAGUUUACCCACACAACAGCUUGGGAAGGUCUUCUGCCAGAACAGGCCUCUGCCUCACAUUCCAAGGACUUUUCCACUCCCCUCGGGAAAGGACCCCAAUGUUGACCAGCACCAGGGCCAUGAGGCACUCAGCAAAACCACGCAAGAGCAGAUCCUCCAGACCCUGAUCAAGAGGGUCCAGAGGCAGAAUUCGUUGCCAGUCCUCCAACCCUCACAACUGAACCUCGCUCCCUCAGGUUUCCAGUUAGAAAACAGCUCUGCCAGCCAGAGGUUUAUGUUAGGCUUCAUGGGCAGGAGGACAUCCAGGCCUGCCAUGUCUGGUCAUUAUCUGCUCAACAUUUCCACCUAUGGUCGCGGCUCAGAGAGUUUGAGGAGAAGCUUCUUCUUGAACCCUGAAAACCGGUUCUGUCUAAACAGUCCUGCUGAUGCUCCAAAACCAGAAUUCGGGGAAUGUGAGGAGGCUGGCCAUGGCAGCAGCAGUGAUGAAGGAGAUGCAGAUGAUGAGAGUACCGGUGAUGAACAUGAACAGACCAGUGUGAAAGAGGAGCCCCAGGCCUCACAGGUGUCUGGCCAGUGUGAAAAAGAGCAGGUCUCACAUGGCAUAAAUUCUUCGGAUUACAGCACCCUUGCUAAAAAGGGUGUAAAGGCAGAAGCAGCCACGUCCCAACAGGCAGCAGGCAACAAGGAGAACAUUCAGGCGUUUGAUGGAACUAUACUAGCACGAGACUUCAUUCAGGCCGCUCAAGAGCAAGUGGCACAUGCGAUGAGGGGGAAGAUGCACAGCAACCCGGAGCUGUUCAGUACUUCUGUGCCGUCCUCGGACUCUGCGCCGCAGCAGCCUCCGCUGCUUUCCCCGCCGCACCCUCCAAAGCUCUCCACGAGUGCUGCAGCACAGCUCAUUGGGCCCAGUUACAGUGGCACAAUAAACGUCUCCACCUCCCCAGACGUGAACCAGGGGUCCCUCAUGACCGGGCUGUCUGACUGCAACCAGUUGUCCAGUAGCAUGGGGAACGUCAUGUCCUUCUCAGUGACUGUAACCACCAUCCCCACCAGCCAAGCUGUGAACUCUGGCAACCACAGUCAGACCAUCCCUGUUCAAGCCUUUGCUGAAGACAGCAGCAUGGAGGAUUCCCCUUCCAAAUGUUACUGCAGGUUGAAAGCCAUGAUCAUGUGCAAGGGCUGUGGGGCCUUCUGCCAUGAUGACUGCAUCGGCCCCUCUAAGCUCUGUGUCUCCUGCCUUGUCGUGCGGUAACUGGGACGGGAAGCGGGGAGGAGGAGAAUGGCUUGAUUUUGGUUUUGCUUUUGGAAGUACGUGGGGAAGAAACAGGAAAUUUACUGCCUUGCACAAGAGACACAUUACUGAAUCAGGAAUACAGAGUAGAGUUCUUCUUUCAUUAAAGAAAGAGCACCUUCUUGUACAGUGAGUCUAAAUUGAGCUCAACUACGUGAAUUGUGACAAGAGUUUGCACUUAAGGAAUUAUGUAAAUAUGUCACAUUAUUUUGUUUAAAACUAUUUUUUCAAUCUUUUAGGAGAUAAGUGUUUGACUUGUACUGCAGUUUCAUUAACCCCAGCCUGCUCUCCGGCACGUUUGCUGAGCUCUGCUCUAGAUGGGGGAGUGACCCCCCCUGGCAAAACCUUAGCCUGUUGUUGGUCUUCUCUUGACAAAGGGUAGACCAGGAUAGUCAAGAAACACAGUAUUUGUACUGACUGAUGACAGAGCACCGAAGCAGGAGCUCUGCACGGGCUCGCUCACCAGCUCUAAAUCCAAGUUCCCAUUUUUCAGAUGUGGAAGGCAUUAACAUUGUGCCAGCCUUUCACUUCUGACCUGGCUGUUUCCGGAAGGCAUACUGGGUUGUGCAAUAUUGGCUGAUGGGUUUGAUUGGCAUAUCCUCUCCUCUUCAGGGGGUCAGUUGCAGUAACCUUGUUUGAAGGAAGGUAGUGUCUGAUUUCCUACUGGUAAAGACUGAAA